AUGUGGUGUAUUGACAGUAAGACUAGCACAAGAGGAAAAGCCAUGCCGGAGCCGGGCCCCGCUCUGCGGCGGCGGGAGGCGGGGAAAGGCCGGGCCCUGGCUCCGGGCUCCGUGCCGCACAGCCGCAGCCGGCCCGCAGGGGGCAGCCGCCGGCCCGCCGAGGCCCGCCGGGUCGCGGGGAGGAUGGCGGAGGCGGCGGACGAGACCGAGCUGGGCCUGCUCGAGUGCCGGGUGUGCUUCGAGCGGUACGGCCCCGGCGGGCAGCGGCGGCCGCGUAACCUGCCGUGCGGCCACGUCCUGUGCCGCGGCUGCGUGGAGGCGCUGGGCGGCCCCGAGCGGCGACGCCUGGAGUGCCCCUUCUGCCGGCGGCCCUGCGUCCUCGGCGAGACCAGCGACUGCCUGCCGCUUCUGCAGCUGCUGGAGCUGCUGGGCCCCGGCGGCCGCAGCCCCUCGGCCCUCGGGAGGGCGGCCGGCGGCGCGGCCCCGCUGCGGCUGCAGCUGUCGCUGGGCGGCUGGGGUUCGCUGCUGAACCCCACGGGGGUGGCGGCGUGCCGGAGGUCGGGGCGCCUGGCGGUGGCCCACGACGGCAAAAAGAGGAUCCACAUCUUCGGGCCGAGUGGGUCCUGCCUGCAGCGGUUCGGGGAGCGGGGGGACGCGGGCAACGACAUCAAGUACGCGCUGGGCGUGGCGGUCACAUCAGAUGGGCACGUGGUGGUCACCGACGGCGGGGACCGCUCGGUGAAGGCCUUCGACUUUGAGGGAAGGGGGACUUUGGCCGUGCGAGAAGGCUUCUGCCUGCCGUGGGGCCUGGGUGCCACCACCGAGGGCGACGUGAUGCUGACAGAUGCUGAGGCCGGAGCUCUGUACCGCCUGACGGCUGACUUCGGCAGCGGGAAGCUAAAGAAGUGCCAGAUGGUCAGGUCCAAGUUAACCAGCCCCAGGGGUGUGGCCGUCUGCCCGGCCUCGGGUGCUGUUGUGGUGAUAGAGCACCUGAAGACUGAAGGACCAAGCGGCUGCAGCACCCGCAUGAAGAUAUUCAGUGCAGACAUGAAUCUCAUUGGCCAGAUGGAUAGCUUUGGGCUGAACCUCGUUUUCCCCUCCAAAAUAUAUACCACGGCUGUGGCCUUUGACAAAGAGGGUUGCAUCGUCGUGACCGAUGUCUGUAGUCAGGCCGUGAUAUGCCUGGGGAAACCUGAGGAGUUUCCCGUCUUCAACCCUCUAGUUAGCCAUGGGCUUUCUUAUCCCAUAGGACUAACUUACACGGCAAACAACUCCCUCGUUGUUUUAGACAGCGGCGAUCAUUCAGUAAAAAUUUAUAGCUCUGCCUGAGUGGGCUUAGAUGUGUACUGCUACUGGCUCAAGCUGCUUUUGGCUACAAAGUGUAUGCAGUACUGGUGUUCAGAGGUGUGUAGGGAGGCAGGAGUAGGGCUUUACAUGAGGUGGAAUCGCCCUUUAGACCAAUGUACUGUACUUCCCACAAAAUCUACGCCAAAUCCCAUGCGCAGCCACAGGAGACAACGUGGCUGCUGCAGGCCGAAGUCAGCAAUGAACCAACCAAGCAGUCUGGAAUUUUAGAAUUAUUCCAUACCUUGACAACCAAACAUUCAUACUACUUUUUGUGAAGUAAUAACAACAGCAUUUGGAAUGGAGUCAUCCAAGAUCUGCACCUGAGGGAGAAAGCGAUGCAUCUUUUGCUUCACGUUCUGUUUUCAGCGGAUUUCUGCAUGACAAAGGAGACUGACUCGAUGAACUGAUAGGAGAAGUGACAGCUUCAGCUCAAGGCCAAUUGAUCCAGCCAUGAUCAAUUGAAAUACAUGAGUUAUCAGCAUUUAGUGAGUUAUAUGAAGUGGAUAGAUGUGCAAAGCCUUUUUGUUUUCUUCUCCAUAUUGGGGAAAUGCACUUCUGGGUGCGCCCUUCUCUGCAUGCAUUUUUUUACCACCUUUUUAGUGCUUUACUGAAGCACUAACACUUCCCACAUAACACAUGGAUCCAUGUCUUCACUGAGAUAUGUGGUUACUGGCACAGGUGACUUUCCCUAAAAGCAUCUCCAAGUAUUUGUGUUUAGACCACGGGUACUUCUGCAUCUACAGAAUUGAACUGGCCAUGUUACUAAUGCAGGUAUUCUUGAGAGAUUUCCAAUACUGCCUGUCUUGAAAUUAAUAUGGUACUUCUGCACCACUCUGCAAAAUUCAGUUGAAAUUUUGAAUGUUGGAGAGGAGUAAUAUGGAAAAAGGGAUGUGAGCCUUCCUUUUCCUAGCCUACAAAAAGUAUUUUGCUGAUAGCAGAUAGCAGGUUUAGAACUCUAUGUUUUCUUGAAAACAGUUUUGCUGUGGAUGUGAGUUCUGUUGCCUUAUUACACCACGGAAAUCAAAGUAUAUCUGAAUUAUUUUUAGAACGAUAUAACACACCUACUAGAAGUCACUUCUGCAUUCUAGGAGCUCAUGUGCUUCUAAAAUAAUUACUUAGGCAGUUCAGCACUAAAAGGAAGUUACAUAUAGAUGUGUCUUGUGAGGUGGAGACAAAUAGAUUAAACUAGCGUAAAACUUUUAUGGAUAUAUAUUUAGUGACUGAAAGCGAGCGCAUUAACUAAAGCCAUUUCAAAUUCAUGGGUAAUCUUUCUAUUGGUUAACUUUUCAUUUGGCUUUUGCUCUGACUUCUUUACUGUUUGAUAACUACUUGAAUGGCUGUGUGAACAACAUGUACCGAAUAUUUCAAAGUGGAGCAAUUUUGGCCCUCAAAAUCAAGCAAUGUAUUAAAGCUCUCUCAUUCAGACUACGUAUUAAGAUAUGUUAAUAUUUAUAAAAACAGAGCAAACAAGUAUAUUAAAUACAGCUAUUUGUAAAGGUUAAUUGAACAGUGGACUGGAUGUCAAAUAUCCAUGGAGACGGAUCCAUCAGAAUAUGAAUAAGAACAGAUGAAAGUGGGAUCCUCCAUUGUGGAACCAAAUCAUUUCCAUUCUCCUGAGAACAGGAAGAGGCCAAGACAUUCACGUUCUUAAGAAAAUAAAAUUCUACAGGGAUCCUU